UUUAUUCGGCAUCCUGAAGCAAUAAAGGAGCACUACUCAAUUGUUAUGUUACUGAUGGCAGUACUGACAUCAAUGCUGAGUGCUACUGCAUGUUAUCCAUCAUACAAUCAGCCAGUUACACUGAGCAAGCGUGACAUUGAGCAUGAAGCUUACUGGGAACCACAAAAUGCAUACAAAUAUCGGGACUGGCUUCCGAGAACCGAUCGAAAGCAACUGAUGCUGGAUUUAUAUCUUAACGGGCUGCAACGAGAAAUGUUGGAAAAUGAGGUUGCCGGUGUGCCGCUCUGA